AUGGGAACCCAGCAGAGCCCCGAGAGCAGGACCCUCUCUCCCUCUGAAGAAAAGCAUCUUCUCAAAACAGCUCAUCGCAAAGUCGAUAAGAGGCUCCUGCUAUGGUACUCCUUCGUCUACCUCAUCAUGCGAAUCCACGUCAGCAACAUCAGCAACGCAGCCAUCAUCAACCUAGAACAAGGCACCGGUAUCAAGAAGCAGCUCGGCAAUCUCUCCAGUUCAGAGUGGGCGUGGGCGCUGAGCGUCUUUUAUUAUCCGUACAUGUUCUUCGAGCCUCUGGCCACGCUCGCCUUGAAGAGGUUUUCACCUUCGGUGUGGAUGAGCCGGAUUAUGAUUACUUGGGGUAUCAUAUCAAUGUGCCAGGGCGCAACUCAGAAUUAUGCUGGUAUUCUGGCCUGUCGGUUCUUCUUGGGGCUUGCUGAGGCGGGGUUUUACCCUGGUGGCUUCUUUUACGCCUGCGGGAUGUUUUCUGGGACUAUCAGCGGUCUUCUAGCAUACGCAAUUUCGUUUAUGAAUGGCGUCGGGGGUCUAUCUGGUUGGAGAUGGCUCUUCAUUCUGGAAGGAAUUCCCGCCAUAUUUUGCGGCAUCUACACGUUCUUCUUUCUGCCAAACUACCCCGAGACAGUCACCUUCCUCACGGACUACGAAAGAGAAGCGAUCCUAUCCGAUCUUCCAGAGCAAGCACCGACCAUGAAGUCCAAAACCAUUAACCUUCAACAGGUCAAAGAUCUUUUCCGCGAUCCGACUUUUAUGCCAUUCUUGAUGAUUUGGAUUACCCACGGCAUCGGCGGAUGGGGAAUAUCCUUUGUUCUGCCGACUGUCAUUUACGAACUCGGCAUUUACGAACUCGGCAUUUCGAACACUGCUAUUUCACAAGUGAUGACCAUGCCCCCCUUUACCUUGGUCUUCGUGAUACUGUUGACGCUCGCCUUCUUUGUACACACGAAGCGACUUAGUCCCUGGAUCGCUGGCCUGGGCCUAGAAGCUGCUCAGAUCGUUUGCUACGUGCUUCUCAUCACGGUCAAGCAUCCCAUUGCCAAAUACAUUUUCGUCAUGAUUGCGACCGCCGCGUCUCAAAGUUUCUUUGCUAUAAUAUGGCCGGGUACGUGGUGCAAACCAAACACUACCGAAGAGCGUAUCAGAGCGGCGAAAGGAACCACGAGCGCAGGCCUCGCCAUCGGUGUGACCAACGCAUCAUGUCAGCUCAUGGGCAUUGUAGGUCCCCAGAUAUACCAGUCGAGAUUCGGGCCCACAUACAGGGUCAGCUACUCCUGCUCCAUCGGCCUGCUCUGCGGAACGCUGUUGGCUGUUUCCGCGGCCUGGUUCUUCGUUUCUAGGCAAGAUCGGAAGGAAAGAAGCAAUGGACGCGUGGAAGCAGAAGAAGACUCGGAAGAUAGUGGCCAUAUGAGAGGAACCAGUGUUGAAGGCAAGGCCUAA